UACGUUUUAUUUAUCUUCUAUACUAAUGCAUUUGUUUCAGGUCUUUUCAGCAUUGCGACCACUUCAUCCUCUACACCCCGCUUAAGUCCUCAUGUGAGGCAACACAUAUGGCCACUUCACGCCCCCUUACUGGAGGUGGGCAAUACGGCUCAUCAACCGCGCGACCCAUCCCAUAUUCCCCACAUGCACAUCGACCUCAAUCGCCAUUGGGGAUGCAAUCCUUGGACGUGGGGGACGUGGUAUAUCACCUGAGAUUCAAUAUCGGACCCCAUCUCAUAGCAGGGGAGGACCCGUAACGGAAUCCCAACUAUGACGGUGACGACAACAACGGGAGUGCAGGGGGGACUUGAAACACGAAGGAGAGCCGUGUUAGAGGGUGGAGUACGGCUGUGGUAGCGAGAGAGAGGCAUUUAGAAUGUGUGUUGCGGAGGACGGUACGAGCAGGAGGGCGGGG